AUGGCACUUUCAAUUUCUUCAUGGAACUUCAUCCUAUUUACCCUUCUUUUCUCUUUGAUUAUACAGGAGAGUUAUGGUAGAAAGAUAAACAAUAUCAUGGAAGUUGAAAAUUCUGUUCAUAAAGAACACAAUUCUCGUGAGGAUCAUCAUCUCUAUCAUCAUCAUCAAAGUCAUAUAGAGCCAGAAUUGAACGUAUUUUUCGUUCCGAAAGAUUUAAAACUCGGAAAAAUAAUGCCGAUUUAUUUCUCCAGAAAAGAUUCAUCAAAAUCUCCAAAAUUUCUCCCAAAAGAAGAAUCAGAUAAAAUCCCUUUUGCGCCCGAAAAACUCCCUCUCCUUCUUGAUUUCUUCGCGAUCUCAAAAGCUUCACCACAGGCCAAAGCCAUGAAAUACACACUCGACCAAUGUCACUUUGAACCAAUGGAAGGAGAAACAAAAUUCUGCGCAACGUCGUUAGAAUCACUAUUCGACUUCGCAAACUCCAUGUUUGGUUCAAUCUCAAAUUUCAAAUUCUUGACCACAAAACAUGUCACAGAAUCCACCGUCCCUUUACAAAACUACACGAUUUCGAAAGUGAAUGAAAUCUCAGUUCCUAAUGCUUUUGGAUGUCACCCUAUGCCGUACCCGUUUGCGGUGUUCUACUGUCAUACGCAAAAGGGUGAUGCAAAUUUGUAUGAAAUUGUUGUUGAAGGUGAAAAUGGUGGAAUUGUUGAAGCUGCGGCGAUUUGUCAUAUGGAUACAUCGAAAUGGGACGCCGAUCAUGUCGCCUUUCGUGUUCUUAAUACUCGGCCCGGAAAAUCUCCGGUGUGCCAUUUCUUCCCUCCUGAUAAUCUUGUUUUGGUUCCUACACCAUAA